UCAAGCGACACUUCUACUACAUUCAGUCGAUCAGUGCCAAAACUGAAGCCUACAAUUUUCAAUGGCAAUCCCAACUAUUGGUUGCACUGGUAUGGUGUAUUCGUAUCAUCGAUUCAUAAUUCUAAUAUGUCUCCAACUGAAAAGAUGAUCCAUCUUCAAUCAUUGGUAACUGGCCCAGCUAAACUAAUGAUAGCUGGUUAUGGUGCAAACGGCGACACAUACGAACUAGCACUACAACGUCUUCGUGAAAACUUUGGCAAUACCAAUAGAAUUGUCAACUCUUUUUUGCAACGUCUUGCAAAUUUCAAACCUCCAAAUCUGGCUCAACCAGAAUCAUACAUGCAGUUUUCUGCUUUUCUCCUAACUUUAGUGGACACUUUUGAGCAACUUGGUUUUGUUCACGAUAUUUGUUCUACAACAAACUUGAACACUGCUCUGGCAAAGCUUCCCGACCCUGUGAGAUUAGAAUGGAAUCGCUUCGUCAUCGACAAAGACUACGAUCAACCCUCCUUGAGACAUCUAGCACAAUGGUUUCAACGGUACGCACAGGCGUGUCGCGACAUGCCUCCGACAGGUUUCCGAAACCAAAACAAUAACAAUUUUAACAAUUCUUCUGGAAACGCUAAACACCCUAGUGGUUCCCGUUUCAAUGGUUUUACUACAAAUGGUGUAGGAAAUCAAAAUCAGCGCUUUAACCAUCAGGGAGAUCAACAAAACUCUCGUGCUCAGAAUAAUGUAAACUCGAAUGCUUGUCCUAGUGGAGACUCUCUACAAAUGCGAGCACUUCAAAGCUUUAGACCCUAAGCAACGAAAAGAGCAUGCCCGAAAAAUGCACUUAUGCUUUAACUGUCUAGGGAAUCAUAGGUUUACUGACUGCAAUUCGAAAUCGCUCUGUCGAACCGAUAAUUGUGGUAAAAAACACCACACUCUACUCCACGAUCCUUCUGAUACUUAUGGAAAAAACCCUAGUAAAGCUGCAGUGAAUCGCGCAAUAGCUUGUCAGAGAUCAGAUAGUGGUAGCUGCGUAACUCUACUACUGGACUCAGUGGCAACUCAACUAGGCUUGGACGUCAACAAGAAGCACUCACUUCCCAUAUCUGGAUAUCAUGAGACCAAGUCAGUUCAAGUUACAUCUGUGGAUGUACAAAUUAGACCAUACAAAAGCACAUCGACUCCAAUGACGCUCGAUGACGUACUCACGGUAGAUGAAAAUAAUUUGGCCCCAGUUGAUAUUUUUCAACUAAACGCAAUGUGCAACAAUUUUCCACAUUUAAAGCAUGUUAAAUACCCGGACUUAAACGACAAUAGCAUAUCGCUAGUCAUCGGAAACAACAAUCCAGAAUAUCAUGAGAUCAAAAAUACCGUUUAUGGCCCCAAGAAUGUUCCCUGGGCUAUCGAAACCCUUUUGGGAUGGACAUGCACAGGUCGGAACAAAACGCAAUAUAAUUCCGUUCCAUCUGUUCCGGUGAACUUCACACAAGUUCAUUCACACAAUAACUUAGAUGAAAAAUUAUACCAGAAAGUUCUCAACUGGAUGAAAAUAGAAAACACAGGCAUCGCUUCUUUAAAACGCUCGCACUCCAAAUCGGAUAAAAGAGCAAUCGAUAUUCUCGAAAACUCUUGUACUUUAGUAGAUGGUCACUAUCAAAUUGACCUUCUUUGGAAAGAGGAUACUGAUCUUCCAAAUAACCGUUGGCUAGCUGAAAAGCAACUCAACAGCCUCGAAUUUCGCCUUAAAAGUAAACCUGAUUUAAGGGAGAAAUACCGCGCAACAGUCAUCACUGACUUAGAAAAAGGCUUUGUCACCAAAAUAGAUGCAAAACAUGACACUGCAAUCAAAUCUUGGUAUUUGCCGCAUCAUCCAGUGACAAAUGUCAACAAACCAGACAAAGUUAGACGAGUCUCAAAUGCUUCCAGCAUUUUUCAGGGUAAAUCCCUCAACUCGAGUUUGCUCAAAGGGCCCGAUCUUUUGUGCAACUUAACAGGUCUCAUAAUUCGCUUUCGACAAAAUAAAAUAGCAAUAUCUGCUGACAUAGAUGCUAUGUUUAUGCAAGUGCUAGUCAGCCCAAAGGAUAGACCUUUUCUAAGAUACCUUUGGAAAGAAAAUGGUAAAUUAGAAACUCACGAAUAUACACGACACAUUUUCGGUGCCACAGACUCACCAUGCGUGGCUUGCUACGCAGUACGACGAUGUGCAUCAGACAGUAAAAACGACUUUCCUCUGGCUUCUGAAAUCAUUCAACGGAAUAUCUACAUGGAUGAUUUGUCUGUCACUUCGUCAACGGUAGAAGAAGCCCUCCAACAAAUGACACAACUACGAGGAUCUUUAUCUCGAGGUGGGUUCAACUUGAAUAAGUGGAACUCAAACAGUAAACCAUUCCUGGAUUCAAUUGAUCCAAAUAUUUUAGUCAGCCCUAAUGAUCCAACGCCUAAACAUCAACGAGUUCUCGGUGUUCACUGGAAUACCAACACUGACUGCUACUUCAUCGAUAACAAAAAGUUUGUAAAAAUUCUACGUAUUGGCAUUGCUACGCAACGGAAACUCCUGAAGUAUACCGCUUCUUUAUUUGACCCACUCGGAAUAGUGGCUCCAUUGACAAUUCGGAUUCGAAAAGUUCUCCAAUCUGUUUGGUCACAAGGUGUUAAGUGGGAUACUCCAUUAGACACGGAUAAACUUCCCGAUUUCAAACUUUGGGUAGACGAAAUGGAAAAUUUCGAAACUGUUUCAUUCCAAAGGAACUUCUUUGAUAAAGAAAACCCUGCUUCAAUCCAGCUUCACACGUUUUGUGAUGCAUCAGAAUUCGCUCUCGCUGCUGUUUGCUACCUAAGAAUAGUCUACAGCGACGGCUCCACAUCUUUGAAGUUUAUAAUAGGAAAGACAAGAGUCGCUCCUAUGAAACGUGUUACAAUUCCCAAUCUCGAGUUGCAAGCUGCAGUAUAUGCUGCCCAACUAUCGCUCUUUGUUUCAGAGGAAAUUGACCUCAAAGUUGAAAAAACUUAUUUCUGGUCUGACAGUACUACUGUUUUGUAUUGGCUGCGAACACCUGAAAUACGACACAAAAUUUUCGUCGCUAAUCGGCUUCAGAAAAUUUUAGACGUUUCUAAACCUGAACAGUGGUUUCACGUUCCAACUCUGCUAAAUCCUGCUGACGACGGUACCAGAGGAUACAUUGCUUUAGAAUGA